UCUGGAACUUUUUCCAUGCCUCAAGAAUCUUAGUCUAUAUUUUUUUCAUAUUAAAAUAUGAUUUAUGUUAAUUAGUUCUGUGUAAAAGAAUAUAUUUCUUUAUUAACAUGAAGAAAGUGUUUCAGACCCACUCUGGCUGACCCUUUAAAAUUGUGAAUAUCUCCAGAAUGCAUAAACAUAAAGGCAAGCUGAAGAUACCUUAUGUAAUGAGAAACAAAUCCACAUUACAAAUGGUGUUGAAAGUGCCUUCCCCAACAUCCACACAAUGCAACAUGAUGCUCCAUAUUUGUGAACGUCCACAGCAGCAUGUCACUGUUGACGGCAGAAAUUUCACACUAGAUGUUUUCUUUCAGACGUCCAACAGUCUUAAGUUUGUUUGCAUACAUUUUUUCUUUUGCAAUGUCCCCAUAGAAAGAAAUCUGAUGGGCUUAAAUCAGACAAUUGCAGUGGUCACACCUGUCAAGAUGACCCUAUCUCCAAAAACAAUCUCUUCCAUACUGGCAUGAGAAGUAUGGCAUAUUAUUGCCCCAUCCUGUUGGAAAUAACCUUUCUGAAGUUUAUAAUCAGCCAAUUGGUUCACACAUUCAUUGAAUAUGUACAAAUAUCAGUUGGUAUUCAUAUUGUAUUUAAAGAAAAUUGCAAGAACAGGAAAUUGUACACCACACUUCAAUCUUCUGGUCAUGCUAGCUUUGAGGAUUUUUUGUAAUUAUAAGGUAUUUGCAAGUUAAAUUGCCUGGAAAAAUGGUUCACUGAUCGAGCAUGAUUGCAAGUGAUAUCAAGCAGCAUUGCAUUGAGUGAAAAAAAUUAGAGGAACUAUUGGUAGUGUGCUAUGUGCAUCUGAAUAUCUAGUACCUUUAACUUCUGAAUGGCCAUGAUGUAGUAUGGCUUAAUUUUCUCUUGUUUUGUGACCUGCUGACAACUGGAGCAUGAAUACCUGAUUUCUUGAACCAGAUGAUAUAAUUUUUGCAGAGAGUGUUGCAAAUGGUCAUUUAAAUCUUGCAAUCUCAUUCAACAUUCAAAGUUGACCUCCAGAAUGUGAAUCCAUCAAGCUUCCUGUCUUUCCAACUUUUUGGACAAGUAUUUGGUGGUGAUCUUGCUAGACAAUCAUCAUCAUCACCCAAAUUUCUUCCAGUAUUCUCUGUGACAUUAGGUUAUUGACCAGUAACCCAGUAGGUCCUCACAAUGAACACACUGUGGUAUGGUGUAAUGCAUUGUUGCUUUCACUACAAUGGUGAAGGAAAUAUGAGAGAAAGUCUUGUAGCCAGUCAGAUGCUACAGUUGCUGCUGCUCUGGCACUCUGCACCUGCUAUCCCUGCUCUUUAUGGCAUGCAAUCAAUUCUGCAUGAAACAGUGAAUGUUUUGAGUCCUGUUUUGUGUUGUUACAUGCACAGGUUGCAAAGUUAUUUGCAGUUUUAAAAGGUCACCCCAAGUGAGACACUCCGUAUGUGAUUUGGGUUUAAAACAAUAGAAAUAGAUGUUAAAUUUUCAAUUGGCUAUUAAUAUGCAAAACUUAUCAUAAUGAUUACAAAUGACUUUAUGGUGACUGUUUUACCAUUUCAAUUUUAUUGACUCCAAUGUGCAUUUCAGACAUUAAUCCCUCUUUAGUUGGUUACAUUAUUAUAUAAUAUUUAGUUAAUGGCUAAAAUUCCAUAUUUGUUUUUUUUAAUAAAACAGAUAAAGUAUAGAUAAAAUCAGAACUAUUAUAUUGCUGCAAUUUGAAAUAAUUGCUUGUUUGUCUGUCUUUUCUUAAUCUCAAGAAUGGAAUUAGAUAGCUUGAAAGUUGAGAUUACACAUGGAAAGCUUAGGGGCAGGAGACUGAUUAACUACAAAUGAACUUUUGGUUUGCACAGAAGUCAUGUUAUUUCAAUGAAAAAAUUUUUUCCAUGAACUGAGUUAGAUAGAUGUGUGAAAUAAGCUGGGGGCUAUAGGGGAGGUGCCCUAUUAACCAAUUAAUUGGCGCAGGUUGUUAAAACUGACCUCGGAGUCGUCAGAUGGCAAACUUGAUAGGAGGGCAAGUUAAUGAGUGGGGAGUGCGUUGGGUAAGCUGAUAGGUGUCUGUUUUCCGAACAGACAGGUUGACAGGUUAACAUAACAACUGUUUAAAAUUUUUUACAGUAUUAUAAAUUAGAGUGCAUUGCUUGAUAGAAAUUUGUUUCAUGAAUAAAUUUGUACUAAAUCUAAAAUAUUCUUCAAUAACAUGAACUGUAAUCUCUCCAGUUAUAGGUUUCAUCAAAUAAAUAAUGUGACUGAAAUAAAUUUUUGAAUUACCUUAUCACUUAAUGUUUAUUCACAAAUAGAAAUGGCUGUAAAAUGCUUUUCCUCUUUUACGUAUUUUAACUUAUUUGAUAUCUGAACAAAUAUGAUAUAUAUUUAUAUAGGAUAUGUACACAUACAUUGCACAAAGCUAUAUCUCACUCGAGGCCAGGCAGAGAAAUCUAUCAUGGUUUCACACUUAUUUUUUGAUUGUGUCCAACCACUUCCCAUUUUAGUAUUUUAACUGGACAAAAACCUUGUAGCAAUCUUUGAAUGCUUUAUGACUCUAUUUAAACUAUGCCACUAUCUUUCAUAGGAUCCACGAUAGUAUUUGUCACCACGAAAAAAGAGUCGUGACAAAUCAACAUUCAUUGGUUAUCUAAAUGAAUGUUGAUUACCUAGUGCAAUUGCAUUUAGUUAUUACAUAGGAGAAAUGAGAUUGUAGCCUGGUGCAAUGCUUGUAUCUACAGCCUAUGAUUAUUAAUAUAUGAUUUUCAUAAGAAAUUAAAUUUUCAGAAAGGAAACAUUCAGAUGGUUUACCUUCAAUUUGUGUUUUGGGUAGAAUUCUUCAGUUGCAGAAAUUAGAUUCUAUUGAUAUAGCACACAUAUAUUCUAUGUAUUUGAAAAUAAAAGGCUCAUGUAGUGAUCUCCUAAAUAACAGUAAUCUUCAUCUGGUGGAUGGUUAUCCAAGAAAUGAAAUCCCUGUAGAAAUAGGAAAACAUGAAAGACAAAGUUCUGAAACAGAAAUAUCAUAUAUGUCCAGAAAGAUAUGGGAAUUUCUUGUUGCCCUAAGUGCAAAAGAUUUUUCAGUUAUGGUUGUACUUCAGCAGUUAUGUGAAAAUGCCGUUCCACUCGUCCCAUCAGAACACAUAAUCAUGGGUUUGAAUAAUAAGUCUUACAUAUUCUCCGUGUCGGUCAUCGAUCUCGAUUCGAAGCCCCUGAAUAAAGUAGAGAAAGUUUACAACGAAAAUCAAGAAAUGCUAAAAGCUUAUGCAGUAAACGUAUAAAAACAUUAUCUUAAUUAUUCAAAAACCAUAAUUUGAUAUACUAUACAAAUCUGUGUUAUAAUUAUUCCAUUUAUUUGUCAAAUGUGACUUGCAAUUGCUUAGCAAUAAAUCUGUCUAAAACAAGUUUGUAAAUAUUAUGUACAUAGUUAUCAUGAAAUUGAAAAUGGCAAAAAUACUCUUAAUACUCAUUUGACUAGAAUUUGCCACGAUUUCAAUAGUAUAACUAUUUCACAUAUUUCUGGAAAAAUUGAACUAUAUUUUAAUAUAAUAUAAACAGUAUUCUGCAGCAAAAUGUAAAGAUAUUACUGCAAAUUUCAUUUCUUUAAUUACAGUUAAAAGUAAAAUUCUGACCGUACUAAAUUACGGUAUUUUAAAAUGUAUUUUGAGAUAUAGCUUCGACGAGACAGUCGUUAUACGGAAUCAAUACAAAUCACAAACCAGAAUACUGUAGAAAUUAAAUGAUUAAAAUGUUUUAAAAUUAUGUAAAAUUGACAAAAACAUUUAACUGAAUUUUAACUGAAAAUCUGAAAAUUUAGUUCCUAUGUACAUUUGUAAUUGGAAGUCAAGUUUAAAUUUGCAUUCUAACUAACUCUAUAUUAUCAAUUUAUUUCUGUUUUCCUAAAUUUCUGAAUUAUUUCUAUGUAAAUAAGAGUUCUGUGCUGUCAUAUUGAAUUUAUAGAAGACUACAAUAACAUGAUUAUGCAUUAUUUCAAACAGUUGCAUCAAACUUGGAAAAUUGAUCCGGAAAUGUAAAUAUAUUAACUGUUUUUCAAAGUGUAAUAUCUUGCUAUCUAUAUUUUCUUGAACGACCACUAAAUGCAACAUCUAUUUUUUAGAAUUUAUUUUUAUAUGGGUGGACAUUUAAUUAAGAUCUAUUAAAUUAUUGUGAUUACCUUUAUUAAUUAGAAACAGUUUGUUAAAAUUGCAUUGCAAUUUUCAGAAAUAGUCACGUAUAUGUGUAUAUGUGCAUCAAUUCUUCAUUUUCUUGGAAGUACAUACCAAAAUUUUUCAAGAUAAAUGUUUAUAAAUGUGAAAAAAAAA